CAGAGAGAGACCUAGAACAUACUUGAGCAGGAAAGGAAACACCCAAGCAUCCUGAAUCAAAAAUGAAAUCUCUCCCACUGAAACAGCUUCAACCUCUCUCCUUUCCCUCAAAAUCCAUCAUCUCCCAUGUCUUCCAACCUUUCGUUGCACCACUUUCUACUAUUGCUGCUACUUCUUCUAGUGAAGCUGCUUCUUCCACCGCAACUUUAACCCGAGAGGAGCUCACGAAGAUCAACCUCCUCCUUCCACGCCUGUGUCUCUCAAACCACCUCCCCACAGCAAUCCACCUCACCACCACUGCCCUCCUCACAAACCCACCUCCAAAAUCUCUCUCUCUUUCCAUUCUCGUUGAUUCCCUCACUUCCGAGCCGGACAUGGCCCUACCCAUGUCUCUCCUCACCCGCCUCAAGCACAGCCCUGUGGCACAUCCUUACCUCACACCCAUCAAUGCCUUGCUCAUUGCUUCAUAUUUCAGGAAGCAUAAGCCUAAGGAGGCCUUGAAAGUGUUCAACUGGAUGGUGAGGCCGGGCUCUCCGUGUGUGCUUGAUGAGAAGGUUUGUGGGAUUCUGGUUAAUGGGUUUUGUAGGAACGGGAUGAUCCUUGAGGCCUUGAAGGUUUUGAGGGCAAUGGUGGGUGUGAAUUUGGUUCCGGAAAGGGGUUUGGGGAACUGGGUUUAUCGGGGUUUAUUGAGAGAGGCAAGAAUUAAGGAAGCAUUGGAGUUGAACGAGGCUUUGGGUUCGAUUAUAGAGACUGGUGGCGAUGAGGCUAUGAAGAAUGUCGGUAAAGUGCUGGAUCACAUGAUUUCCAUAUGGACAGACUAGGGCAGUUAGUUUGCUUCUACUGGUAUAGCAGCUCAAGGCUUCAGGAGUUCAACUUGGAGGCAGUAUCAUGUGUGAAAUCUUUCUGUGUUUGCUAUUUCAACUGGCGACUACUCUGAGUUCUCUCAAAGUGGUAUCACUUCAUCUCAAAUAUGAAAUAUAUAGCUUCUGUGAAUGAGGUCACUUCUUGAGAAGGGCCCUUCUCCGACUUUGGAUUGCAAGCUUUGACAGAAUGAGAAUUCGAAUUUUUGGGAUCCUUGUGCUAGGAAAAGGUUUCGUGUGAUUUUAUAUUCUGCCAUUUUUUGACAAUACAUCUGUUCACAUUAACACUUUAGGAAUCCAUUAUUCCAAGACUUGGCUAAAUUGGUAUGUUGAAAGGAUUUGAGAGCAAUACAAUAAAAUAAUAUAGCUGGAUUUUUGUUUUCAAUAUAGUAGUGGUUGAGCCCUACCAAAAAACCAGAUGUUCCAUUGUCAAAUAUCUAAUCUUCUGCCGCACACUGGGAAAAGGCAAUGGACAUCCGUAAAAUGAUGCAGGAAAUGGGAGUAAGAAAAGGACCUGGGUGUAGUUGGUUCGAGUUUGGUAACGAGGUUUGUGGCUGGGGAUGUAUCACACCCACAAAGUGAGCAGCUCCAUGGAUUUCUUGAAACCCUGUCAGAGAGGAUGAGAAAGGAGGGGUAUGUGCCUUGUGCUCUUCACAACGUUGAUGAAGAGGAGAAAGAAACUUUACUAUGUGGACACAGUGAGAAACUGGCAAUAGUUUUUGGUAUUCUUAACACCCGUCCUGGAACUACUAUUAGAGUUGUCAAGAAACUUAGAGUUUGUAAUGAUUGCCGUGUUGCCACUAAGUUCAUCUCAAAGAUAGUAGACGGGGAGAUCAUUGUUAGAGGUGUGAGGAGGUUCCAUCGUUUUAGGAAUGGAACUUGUUCCUGUGCAGAUUACUGGUGACAAGUGCCGGAACUCAAUUUCUCUUCUGAAAGAACCAACAAGAAUUGUUUAAAAUCCUAUGCUGGCUGGACCUCAACCUUUGAGCUUCUGAAGUCUUCAUAUUUCCACAAGACUAUUGAAGAUGUCAAGCUAUGAGAAUUGAUUCCACUUAAUGAAUCGGGACGUGAGAGGAAUAUGGCGGUAUGCGCGCAAAAGUUCUCAUACGAACGCAUUCGAUAAGAAGGGCUCACGAAAAUAUCGAUAAGACAUUGAAGGCUGCAGAGGUUAUACUGGGGAAAUUCGACCUCACGCGCAAGGCAGAGGCUAAGAUACUCAGAGGACCACAUGAGGACCUUGAAAGCUACCUAGAAGCAAUUAAUCAGCUGAGAAGCAUUGUUCGGUUUUUCAGCAGCAACAAAAGUUUUAAAAGUAGUGGUGGCAUCCUUAACCAAACAAAUACCUUGCUUGCAAAAGCCAUUUCAAAACUUGAAGACGAGUUCAGACAGCUGUUAACAAAUUACAGCAAGCCUGUGGAACCUGAUCGUCUUUUCGAUUGUCUUCCAAACUCUCUGCGGCCAUCAUCAGAAUCUGGACACCAAGGUGAUGCCAGCAGCAAGUCUCACGCUGAGCACCAAAAAUGCUUAGAAACUGCUGUUUACAAAACUCCAACUCUUAUUCCACCGAGGGUUUUGCCACUUCUGCAUGAUCUAGCCCAACAAAUGGUUCAAGCUGGGAAUCAACAACAGCUAUUUAGAACUUACAGGGAUACUCGUGCUCCUGUUUUGGAACAGAGUCUCAGGAAACUAGGAGUGGAGAGACUUACAAAAGAUGAUGUGCAGAAAAUGCAGUGGGAGGCUUUGGAGGCAAAGAUUGGGAACUGGAUCCACUACAUGAGGAUUGCUGUUAAACUGCUCUUCACUGGGGAAAAGAAAGUCUGCGAUCAAAUAUUCGAUGGCAUGGAUUCUCUCAGGGAUCAGAGUUUUGCUGAUGUCACUGUGAAUAGUGUGUCUGUGCUUCUCAGUUUUGGGGAGGCCAUUGCCAAAAGCAAGAGGUCGCCUGAAAAGUUGUUUGUUCUUUUGGACAUGUAUGAGAUAAUGAGAGAAGUCCAGCCAGAGAUUGGAACACUUUUCGGAAGUAAUCAUUGCAUUGAAACACGGGAAUCUGCACUGAGUUUGGCAAAGCGGCUAGCUCAGACUGCCCUGGAGACCUUUGUUGAUUUUGAAGAAGCGGUUGAAAAAGAUGCAACAAAAACUGCUGUACUUGAUGGAACUGUCCACCCUUUAACCAGCUAUGUGAUAAAUUACGUGAAAUUUCUUUUUGACUACCAAUCCACAUUGAAGCAGCUUUUUCAGGAAUUCAAUGAUGCUGAUCCUGAAGCUCAGUUGGCUUCUCUAACUACAAGGAUUAUGCAGGCUCUCCAGAAUAACCUGGAUGGGAAAUCCAAGCAGUACAAAGAUCCUGCAUUGACACAAUUGUUUCUUAUGAACAACAUUCACUACAUAGUGAGAUCGGUUCGGAGGUCAGAGGCAAAAGACUUGUUGGGGGAUGACUGGGUGCAGAUACAGCGGAGGAUUGUUCAGCAGCAUGCAAAUCAGUAUAAGAGGGUUUCUUGGGCAAAGAUUCUGCAAUGUCUCACCGUUCAGGGAUCUAGUCCAUCAGGUGGGGGUGGCCUGGUUGGAGGUGAUGUUGGUGGCAUUGGUCUUUCCAGAGCAGUGGUGAAGGACAGGUUCAAGACCUUCAAUACCCAAUUUGAAGAGCUACAUCAAAGGCAAUCUCAAUGGACAGUUCCCGAUAGUGAGUUGCGAGAGUCUCUGAGGCUGGCUGUUGCUGAAGUCCUCUUGCCUGCUUUUAGAUCUUUCCUUAGACGUUACGGGCCUAUGAUAGAGAAUGGAAAGAACCCUCAGAAGUACAUAAGGUUCACUCCAGAAGAUCUUGAACGCAUGCUGGGGGAAUUUUUUGAGAGUAAGACCUGGAAUGAACAAAAGCGAUGAACAACUGAUAUAACAUCUAUUUUCGAUUACAAAAUAAUUAGACCAUAUAAUAAAUAGCUAAUGAUAUUCUUUGUUCCGUGACAAGAUGUAAUAAUAAGGGCAUAUUCAAGUCCCUUUUAACGUCUGUUAUUCUUUAUUUAUUUAUUUAUUUAUUUAUUGUGUAA